CCUGCUAUUCUGAGGUUGGUGGAUACCCUUGCUGAAAGUGCCUGUAAGGCUGUAUUUUGUGCUGUAAGAUUUGCAGGUCUGGCCUGGGCAGUGACCUCUGGGCUCACUUCUCCAGCCUGGUGUAUUCUUUGGCUCCAUGGCCAGCUACUGGCUCCUGCAGACCGGAUGAAGCAGACUAGAGACACAAGUGGAGAAAGCCUCCAGCUGGCAGACUCUCAGAGUGUGGCCCUCUGGCCGCUGGCCCUGCCCAGCCUGCCUCAUGGAGAGGAUGAACUGGCUGAGCAGACUGGCCUCCCGGGGCCCUGGACACCGUGUCCCUCAGGGGGCCAGUCUGCAGACCCCUGUCAUGGCUGACCCUGAGACCUGCCUCAUGGUCUUCAAGAAUCACUGGUCCCAGGCGGUGCGAAUCCUGGAGCGGCAAGGUCCUCGGGCAGCUCCUGGGGGUGCAGAUGAUCUCAGUGCUGUGCGCAACCACACUUACCAGAUGUUGACACUGCUGGUAGAAGAUCGUGCUGUCCCCUCAGCCCCCACGGCCCCUGGGCCCUUGCUGGAGUUUGCUCUGCGUGAGGACCUGCUAACCCGUGUGUUGGUGUGGCAGCUUCAGUGGGAUGAGCUUGGGGAUGGGGUUGAAGAACGGCGAGCUGAGCAGCUGAAGCUGUUUGAGAUGCUAGUGAGCGAAGCUCGCCAGCCGCUGUUGCGACAUGGACCGGUUCGUGAGGCUCUGCUGACCUUGCUGGAUGCAUGUGGCCGCCCUGUGCCCAGUAGCCCAGCACUAGAUGAAGGCCUGGUGCUACUUCUCAGCCAGCUGUGUGUGUGUCUGGCCCGGGAGCCUUCAUUGCUCGAGUUCUUCCUACAGCCACCUCCUGAGCCUGGAGCUGCCCCCCGUCUUCUCCUCUUUUCUCGCCUUGUUCCCUUCGUCCAUCGAGAGGGCACACUGGGCCAGCAGGCUCGUGAUGCCCUACUCCUGCUCAUGGCUCUGUCAGCUGGGAGUCCCACUGUGGGCCGCUACAUUGCAGAUCACUCUUACUUCUGCCCGGUGCUGGCCACAGGGCUGAGUGCCCUGUACUCCUCACUGCCCCGAAAGAUUGAGGUUCCAGGGGAUGAUUGGCACUGCCUGCGACGGGAGGACUGGCUGGGCGUGCCAGCCCUUGCGCUGUUCAUGAGUUCCCUAGAAUUCUGCAAUGCAGUCAUUCAGGUGGCUCACCCUUUGGUGCAGAAGCAGCUAGUUGAUUAUAUCCAUAAUGGGUUUCUGGUGCCUGUCAUGGGCCCUGCCCUGCACAAGACCUCUGUGGAGGAGAUGAUCGCCAGUACCGCCUAUCUGGAACUUUUCCUACGGAGUAUCUCAGAGCCUGCUUUGCUCCGUACCUUCCUGCGAUUCCUGCUGUUACACCGGCAUGACACCCACACCAUCCUUGACACCCUCGUUGCCCGUAUUGGCAGCAACUCCCGGCUCUGCAUGGUCUCUCUGAGUCUCUUCAGGACCCUACUGAACCUCAGUUGUGAGGAUGUCCUGCUGCAGCUGGUUCUCAGGUAUCUUGUCCCAUGUAACCAUGUGAUGCUGAGCCAGAAGCCAGCUGUACGUGAUGUGGACCUAUAUGGACGGGCGGCAGACAAGUUUCUCUCCCUAAUCCCACGCUGUUGUCGGCAUCGUGCCCCUAGCCCACCCCAUCCAGAGCAUGCCCCAUGGGCACGAGGUGGGCCUAGCAGAGAGGCAGGGAGAAGGGAGGACACCACGGGCCCUGGAAGCCCAAGUGUUGACUCCUCUUCUGUGGUGACAGUGCCCCGGCCCUCCACACCAUCUCGACUGGCCCUCUUCCUGCGACAGCAGAGUCUGGGUGGCUCGGAAUCCCCAGUUCCAGCCCCUCGCUCACCAGGGCUUGCUGCAUCCCCAGCCUCCAGCCCUGGCCGAAGGCCCAGCCCUGUGGAGGAGCCUGGUGAGCUGGAAGACAAUUACCUGGAGUAUCUGCGUGAGGCACGCCGUGGUGUGGACCGGUGUGUCCGAGCCUGCCGUACCUGGUCUGCCCCCUAUGAUGGCGAGCGGCCCCCUCCUGAGCCCAGUCCUGUUGGCUCCCGGACUAAGAAACGCAGCCUACUGCCUGAGGAGGACAGGGACAAUGUGGGGGAAGGGGAGGAGGAAGAGCUGGGGAGUCGGGGGCUUGCUGGGGGUGCAGGGGAGGGCCCUGGCCUCCUGCCCCCUCCCCAGCUCAAUGGGGUGCCUGGACCAUGGCCUGAGGGGGCCAAGAAGGUUCGUCGGGUGCCUCAGGAGGGAGCUGGGGACCUGCCAGAGGGCACCUCCGAGGGCAUGGCAGGACUAGAGGGCUUUGGGCAGGAGCUCCAGGAACUCGAGGUGGCAUUGAGCAAUGGGGGGGCUGGCUCAGGACCCCUGCUAGAGCCUCCACUACCUCUUGAGGAGGAGGAGGCCUAUGAGAGCUUCACCUGUCCCCCUGAGCCCCCUGGCCCCUUCCUCAGCAGCCCUUUGCGGACUCUCAACCAGCUGCCAAGCCAGCCCUUCACUGGCCCCUUCAUGGCUGUGCUCUUUGCCAAACUCGAGAACAUGCUGCAGAACUCCGUCUAUGUCAACUUCCUGCUGACGGGGCUGGUGGCCCAGCUGGCCUGUCACCCCCAGCCCCUGCUCCGCUCUUUCCUGCUCAACACCAACAUGGUCUUCCAGCCCAGUGUCAAGUCCCUGCUGCAGGUGCUGGGUUCUGUGAAGAAUAAAAUUGAGAGCUUUGCGGCCUCCCAGGAGGACUUCCCAGCACUGCUAUCCAAAGCCAAGAAGUACCUCAUUGCCCGUGGCAAGUUGGACUGGGCCGAGGGCCCUGCAGCAGGACCUGCCCCCCGCCGCUCCGAUCCCCUAGUGAAGAGCCGGAGGCCGUCCUUGGGGGAGCUGCUCCUGCGGCACGCACACAGUCCAACCAGGGCCCGGCAGGCGGCACAGUUGGUUCUUCAGCCUGGGAGAGACGGUGCAGGACUUGGCCUAGGUGGGGGCUCCCCUGGGGCUUCAACUCCGGUUCUGCCCCCUCGGGGUGGGGCCCCUGAGCGCCAAGGUGAGGCUCUGCGAGUCAAGAAUGCGGUCUACUGUGCAGUCAUUUUCCCUGAGUUUCUCAAGGAGUUGGCUGCCAUCUCCCAGGCCCAUGCUGUCACCUCGCCUUUCCUGUUGGAUGCUUCAGAGGAGGGAUCUGGCCCUCCUGUCUCAGGCUUCGGGCCCCUCAAUCCUUAACUUUCUUCCAUGGACAAUCAGGGCCUCAAGUGGCCUGGGCUGGGGCCGGGAUGUAGGCUCCUUUUUACGUUUGGAGGCAGUGGCAAGAGGACUUUUUAAUUUAUUUCCGAUGAAUGUUUUAUGGAGAACUUGUUGCAAUAUGUAUAAAAGGGAAAUCUCUAUUCUGUGCUCAUUCUUCUUUCCCACCCUUUUUUAAGGGCCUGUGGUCCCAGGAAG